AUGAGCGCGCCGCAAGUUUCUCAUCAAACCCUAAACGCAGAGUUCAAGGGCACUGCGCGCAAGAUUGGGGAGACUGAUAUCCACCAAUUCCGAGGAAUUAAAUAUGCCAAUAUUCCCGCCAGGUUUGAGCGUGCCGAACCUGUAGAUAACUUCAAUGGAGCAUCUGUCGAUGCCACUCAAUACGGACCGAGAUGCCCUCAGGCAGCUGUAGACGUGCGCCAUUUGUUGCGGAUUCCUGAAGAUUUCGAGAUUCCGGAUGAGCCUGAGGACGAAUUCGAAUGUCUUAAUCUGGACAUCACAUGUCCGCCUUUGUCAGCCAAUUCGGCGCCCCUUCCCGUUUUGAUCUGGAUUCAUGGUACAGACUUGAUGACAUUGACCUCAGCGUUCGGACACUCACGGCUGACUAUCAUCCAGGUGGUUCUCAAGUUGUCACCUUCUGUUCGGGAGCAUCCAAGAUCUGCGGUCAGUAAUCUGAGUCUGCAAUGCUAUCUAAUGUCCAGUAUUGACUUGGUCACAGAUCCCGCCAAGAUUGUGGCUGAUUCGAUUGAGGCCAAACAGCCCAUUAUUGUUGUUUCUAUCAAUUAUCGACUCAACAUCUUCAGCUUCGGAGAUGGAAAAGAGAGGAACCUCGCACUGAAGGACCAGAGGCUGGGGAUUGAUUGGGUGCGGAAGAAUAUCGCCGCUUUUGGGGGCAAUCCGGACAAUAUCACUCUCUCCGGUGAAAGUGCAGGUGCUGUUUAUGUUCAUGCACAUCUGGUCACUGGCCCCCCUGUUAAGAGAGCAGUUUUAGCAUCUGGAUCCCUUUACCUCUCGUCUCCGUUGCCCGUGGAGCGCGGCAACGGACUUAUACAGGCCUUACAGACGAAGGUGAAGGAGCUUGGGCAGCCAUCUCUUCGUGAGGCCUCCGUCUCUACUCUCGUACAAGCACUAAAGGAGUGCAACGUGAACACGAUGUGGAUCCAGGAGGAGCCAGAGCUUGAGAAUUGGGAAACGAAGCCGGAACAGGUCGACGAGCUUAUGAUAGGUGACACAGAAUAUGAGUCCGUCAUCUGGAGAAACGGAGUAGAAACACUGGACGGGGAGACGAUUACUGCUGCCUUUGAACAAGAGAAGGAAUGGGGUACCAAACUGCGAAAGCUGUACCAAGUGGUCGCCGACCGCCCUACAGCCUGUAAGCUGGGUGCCUUAGAUCUGGUCAAUGACAUUCGCUAUACGCUCCCUGUUGAGGUCAUUUCUGAAAAGCUUGCGGCAGCCAACAAGAGAGUGUAUAGGUAUGUGUUUGACCAAGCCAACCCAUGGCAAGCUUCCAGCCGCGCUCAUCAUGCUGUUGACCUUCUCUAUCUCUUCGCGGGUGUUGAUUUGUCCUUUAACCCCACUGCGGAAAUCGUGGGUCAAGAGACAAGAAAACGUUGGAUUCGGUUCGUCAGUGGCAGUAGCCCCUGGUCUUCAGAGCGAAGAUUCGCCUUCGGACCAGUUGGGGACUGCAAAGAAAUAUCGGAGGCGCAGUUUGCGGGUCGGAGACGAGUAAAUCAUCUCAAGGUGCUGAAAGAGGCUGGAGUUGGUGCAUAUAUGCCUAUCGCUACUGCCCUAACAGCAGGGAAGAUUAGUCUCUUGAAUUGA